AUGGAAACCGAUGACAAGACCACUCAGCUGCCCUCUGGUGACGAGUCUGCUCGAUUGAUACUUGAUAAUGAGAAGCCCCCCGACUAUACCAUCGAUAUCGAAAAGGCCGCAGAUCCUCAGGAACAGUCGCAAGAGAACAAAGGCCGACAAUUUCUGAUAUGGACGACAAUCAACACCCUGGCCACCAUAGCAAUCGUCUUUACGAAUAAAGAGAUCUUCAAAGAUCCUUCCUUGCGCAAAAAUCAGUCGACAUUUGCAGCUUUCCACUUCGUUGUGACGACGGGGACGUUAUGGUACCUGUCGAGACCGAGCAUCGGCAUGUUCACGCGCUCGCGAGCACCUUUCGUCGGGAUGCUGCCACUGGGCGCAGCCAUGUGCCUCAACGUCAUCCUGCCCAACCUGUCGCUGAGUUUCUCGUCCGUGGAGUUCUACCAAUUGGUCCGGGUAUUGCUCACACCGUUGACUGCCAUCAUCAAUUUCGCCUUUUACGGUAUCAGCAUGCCUCGACAAGCUGUGUAUGCGCUGUUCCCGAUUUGCCUUGGGGUUGGAAUCAUGUCAUACUUCGAUACCCACAAGUCGACCGGGAGUGUCCCACAGACAUCAACCCUGGGUGUCUUCUUUGCGUUUUCCGGGGUCGUUGCGAGUGCAUUGUACACCGUCUGGAUUGGGACAUACCACAAGAAGUUCAACCUGAACAGCAUGCAGCUGCUGCUCAACCAAGCACCCAUCAGCGUUUUCCUGCUGCUGUAUGCUAUUCCAUUCACCGAUCAAACGCCACAGUGGUCGAGCCUUGGGUUGAACAAGUAUUUGUUGAUCUUGUUUAGCGGACUGAUGGCGGCGCUCAUCAACAUCUCGCAGUUCUACAUUGUGGCUGGAGCGGGAGCAGUUAGCAGUACGGUUGUCGGUCACUUGAAGACUUGCUCAAUCGUGGCUCUGGGAUGGAUUACAAGCGGCCGGAGCGCCAACGAUCGUGGCAUCUUCGGUAUUUUCAUGGCGAUUACCGGAAUCGUGAUGUACUCGCAGGUGAUGUUCAAACAUAAGAAGGCUCAGCAGGAACUAGCCCGCGAGGUACAGGCAGACGAGAAGAGAUAA